GCGGCGGUUAACCGGAAACGCGGAAAGCCGGAGAACGGAAUUUUGAAUAUAAGCCGACCUGCGUGUACGUAGUGCCAUGUCCACGGGACAGCCAAGCGCUGAGCAAACAUACGCCCCCCCGUCCUUCUUCUGGUCCUGCCCGGCUAGUGGCAUCUAGGUGGCCAUAGCCAUGGUUCGUCGGGCCUCGAGUGUUCCGCAUCUGAACAGUAGUGGCGGAAGCAGUGCGGAUAGCGCUGGAACGUCGGGCAGUCGCCGUGGUCGGGCGCCCGUAGCCGGUUCCCGGGCGUCCCGGAAGACGCCCACCUCCACGACUACCGGCCAGAAUCAGCGCCAGAGCUCUGGGAGCAGCAGCGGCGUCCCCAGAUCCCGCAGUCUGACCAACGGCAUGCGUCGCCUGAGUCCCCAAAAGGGAACUGGGAGUAGUGGUGGCGGCGGAGGAGGAGGUAGCUCCCGCAACACCCCGUAUUUCCUGCGUUCCCGCGAGAAUGAGAUUGGUAGUGCCGAUACCCUGGAGAUCGUGGCCUCAAAAUCCACGGGCAGCGAGGAGUGCUCCACGCCCGAGGACAACAUAAAUGUCGUGGUUCGAGUGCGUCCCCUGAAUGACAAGGAGAAACGUGAUCGUCACGGAUCGACGCUUCAGUUCCCGGGCAACGGACAGGUUAUACUGGAAGGCAACGAUGUGGGCCAAAAGAGGUCGCACAAUCGCGACAGCGUGCGCGUCUUUACCUACAAUGUGGUCUUCGAGCCAGGAGCCACGCAGGAAGACAUCCUGGACUACUCUGGCAUUAAGCGCAUUAUUGAAAUGGGCAUCGAGGGAUUCAGUUGCACUGCAUUUUGUUAUGGCCAAACGGGCUCCGGCAAAACGCACACGCUCACUGGACCCCCGGACUUGUUCAUUGGCAAACCGAAUCCCAAGGAUCCGCGCCAUGGUCUCAUCUUCCGCUCGUUUUUGUAUCUCUUCCAAUUGAUUAAGAAUCGCAAGGACGUCAACUACGUGCUUAAAGCCUCCUUCAUGGAAAUCUACAAUGAACGGGUAAUCGAUUUGCUCAAUCCUGGAAGUGCAAGGAAACCGCUGGCAGUGCGCUGGUCCAAGAAAUCGGGUGGUUUCUUCGUGGAGAACCUUUUUACGGUGGACUGCGAGGAGUUGGAUGAUCUUCUGGCCGUUCUGGAAGAGGGUAUGAGGAAUCGUGCUGUUGGCUCGCAUGCCAUGAACGAUCACUCCUCGCGCUCGCACACCAUCCUGACGGUCCACAUCCUGUCCGAUCAGCAGACCGAUGGCGGGGUGUUCCUCUCCAAGCACGGAAAGAUCAACUUUGUGGACCUUGCUGGCAGUGAGUUGACCAAGAAGACCAUGAGCGAGGGAAAAACGUUGGAGGAAGCUAAUAACAUCAAUAAGAGCCUCAUGGUCUUGGGCUACUGCAUCUCCUCGUUGAGCGACUCCAAGAAGAGAUCGGGUCACAUUCCGUACCGGGAUAGCCAGCUCACCAAACUCCUGGCCGACAGUCUGGCGGGGAAUGGUGUAACCCUGAUGAUCGCCUGCGUUUCUCCUGCGCACUACAAUCAUGCGGAAACCCUGAACACCCUGCGAUACGCUUCGCGGGCGAAGAGGAUACGCACUAAGCCGGUGAUCAAGAUGGAUCCCAGGGAGGCACUGAUCCUCAGUCUAAAGCGUGACAUCCAUGCGCUCCAAAUGGAGAACGACCACCUGAAGGCGGCCCUGAAUCUUCAUCAUCAAGCGGCUCCGAAUGGCGGGGCCGCUGAGAAUCUCCUGGAGCUUCAACUGGAUAGAGUGAGCAGCAGCGGUGGUGGAGUGCCAGUGCCCAAAGUGGAUCUGCAGCGAUUACCAGAGCUAGAUGGCUCCGAGCUGGCUGAGCUCGUCAAGCUCUAUAUGGUGGAGAACGAGUCUUUGAGGCAGGAGAACAACCAUCUUUUCACCGUGCGGGAGACCAUCCUCAGGGAUCAGGAGAUCGUCUGCCGGGAGAACGAGCGGCUUCUAAAAAAACUGGAGGAUGUUAACAAAGUGUGCGUCCGUUCACCUUUGAUACCCGCACGCCCGGCUAUAUCUCCAACCACAGGAAAGGAAACUCCUGGCACUGAGAUCUGGACCAAUCCCGAGCCACUUCAGUCGCCACCAAGAGCGGAUCUACCAAUCGAGCAGCGAAUGUCUGAGAAUGCCGAUAGGAGAACAGAUACGGCCCAGAAGAGAAUCGACCAGCAACGCAUAGCUAAGAACAUCCUGAUAAUGGCCAAUGCGUUCCGGAAACCGGACUCUGACCUGGCCAAGGAAUUGAACCUUAAUCCGGAAAAGGCACACGCAAAGCAGUCAAACGAAUUUAUGCCUGACAUGCUCACGUAAUUAACUUUGAAUGGAUAUUCUUGAAAACUCAGAGAUUAAUAUAUAUUUUUGCAAUUAAUGGAAUUAAAAAUCAUAUACAAUAAAACAUUUAAAACGC